CGCACCUAGAAAUAAUGUUCCAGUUCAACGCCCAGGGAAAUGUUAUGAGUGUGGUAUUCCCGGACAUUGGAGGGUAGACCAUCAAACUGGUGCUUUUGGUGCAACUAUGCAAAGAAACAAGAUUGACAAGAUAAGUAAAAAUGGAUCGGGUUGAAAUGUACCAUUCAGAAAGAGAUUUUACAGUGUGGAGCGAUCUCAGAAAAUUUCACUCAACUUGGUGGGAAAAUGGAAGAGUUUUUGUUACAUUCACAUAGCAGCAACACCAAUUGUAAAUAUUUUUAUUCUUUUAAACGUUGGGAACAGUUUAUAUCUAAAGAAGGAGGAAAAUCUAUUCCCGCUUCUCCAAUUCACGUUGCGUUAUAUUUAACUCAUUUACUGGAUAAAGGAUCGUCAAAAAGUGUAGUGCAAUCUGCCGUUUACGGGAUCAAGUGGGCGCAUAACAUUCAAGGAAUUCAAGAUCCGACAACAAAUUCUUUCGUUGUGAAUUUAAUGGAAGCUGCAAAACGACAACCACACAGACCGAGAGUGAAAAAAGAUCACAUUACCGUAGAUGUUUUGAUAAAUUUAUGUUCUAAGUACAAAGAUUGUAAUGAUUUACUUGUUAUACGGGAUUUAACUAUGAUUAUUUUAUGUUUUGCUGGUUUUCUUCGUUAUGAUGAAGUAAGCGGCAUUCGUUGUAAGGAUAUAGUUUUCAAAGAAGAUCCUUUUUCAAUCAAUAUAUUUAAAAGGAAAACUGACCAAUAUAGAUUAGGUGACGAAACUGUCAUUUGUAAAGGAGAUUCAAUUGCCUGUCCAUAUUUAUUAUUGAAAAAGUAUUUUCAAUUAGCUAUGAUUAAUUAUGAAUCAGAAAACUUUUUAUUCAGACCAAUUUUCAGAUCAAAACAAGUUUGUUCAUUAAUAUAUAAAAAUAAACGGUUAAGCUAUACCAGAGCUAGAGAAUGCAUAGUUUCUAGGUUAAAAAGUAUAUGUCCUGAUUUAAACAUUGGUUUGCAUUCUUUGAGAGCAGGUGGGGCUACUGCAGCCGCCAAUUCAGAUGUUAACGAACGUUGUUGGAAACGACACGGUCGGUGGAAAAGCGACACUGCUAAAGAUGGUUACGUAGCCGAUUCACUUGAUCAUCGGCUUCAGGUUACGAAAAAAAUAGGUUUGUAAAUGUUGAGGGUUUGAAUUUUAUUUUUUAUUAUGUUUUAUGAUUUUAUAAGUAUCUUGCAUUGUAUUCAUAUUGCAUUUCUCACGCCCGUUCUUUGUUUUUCUAGUCUGUCUGCACGGCAAAAUGCAUAUUUUAGUUGAGUCUAAUUUAGUGGCCAAAAUUAUUGU